AUGGCUGCUUCAACAAGUUCAACAGUUUCUGGCCAGAAAACGACGUCUGCGUCUCCACUGGUACCAUCAGUGACCGCCAGUCUACUAGUUCCUACACCGACACCAGUCACAACAGUCACUCAAGCACAGCAAGCAGUUAUAGACCUCACUCGACUCUCUGACACCCGUACCCUCCAAUCAGUCCUCAGUAAACCUCCCCUACCAGCUCUACCAGCUCUACCAGCCUCUCUGAGUCAAAUGCCACAGAUAGGGACCAAAAGAAGUCCUUCCCCAAACUUCCUAGCCACUCUGCAGUCAGGAAGAGGUCGGAGUCCAUCUCCAGCACCGAUGCCCAAAUCGCAGUCCUCAUCAGGCAUCUCCUACUCUCCUCGCUCCCAUUCCUCGGCCUUACAACACAGUCAGAGUGAACCAGCCGUAACCCACGAACCAGGACCCCCUCCGGCCAAGAAAAAAAGGAUGUUUCAUCGCGAGCUCAUGAGUAUGAUGAGAGGCUUCGGAGACGACCCCAAUCCUUACGCUGAGACCGUGGACUUGAUUGAGGAGAUGGUUAUUCGAUUUAUAACUGAGAUGACUCAUAAAGCUAUGGAUGUCGGGAAAAAUGGUCGAGUGCAAGUGAAUGAUAUCAUCUUCAUCAUUCGUAAGGAUGCUAAGAAGUAUUCAAGAGUUAAAGACUUGUUGAUGAUGAAAGAACAGAUUGAUAAAGCUAAGAAAGCUUUUACUGAAGACGCUGAAACUAGUGAUGAGUAAUUAGACAACGUAUUAUUGUUGUGCGGUUUGUACUCUCAUUUCAUCCCUUUCGUAUAUAAAUUAUCUUGAACAAUUCA